AUGGCUGAUUUUGACAGCACCGACGAAGCCAACGACAGCGGCGGCUGUGGCGGCGACGUCUUCGCUCAACUGCUCGCCUACUUUGAAGACCUUCGUCCACAAAGGAAUCCCUUCAAAUCCCCUCUUCCCACCAUGACUACUACGGAGCGGCCUCGUAUGAUGGAGUUGAACCCGGAGGAACCGAGCCAGGAUUACAAUCUUCCUUUCUUGGACAUCUCGUCGGCCAUCAGGUCGAUCCAGUGGAAGACGAAGAGCCCAGUGUGUCCUUCCAGUCGAAGUACAUUCACAUCUGAGCUGCGAGACGACCUCCAGAGACUUAACACGAAGACCUCGCUGUCUGAGCUGAUCGCCCCCCAGUACCUGCAGGGUCUACAGUCUCGUCUCAGUUCCCAACAGUCGCAUUUGCAGAGCUCGCCCGGGUCUGUCUCUGCCUCUCCUCCGGAUCGCUCGCCCGGGUCUGUCUCUGCCUCUCCUCCGGAUCGCCACGUGAUCCGCAUGGCGCCGUGCACGUUGUGGCAAGACCUGGACGAGGUCAAGGCGGCCGGUUUGCUCGGCGGCCUGACGGUCCGACAAAUUCGACUUCAAGAGCAUGUCUUUUGUCUUAAGACCAUGUUUGAGUUGAUCGGCUCAGAGGCGUCUUACUUGAGGAGCUUGGGCAUCGCUGUGGAUCACUUCUGUGCGUCCAAGGACCUCAAGCGCACCUUGUCCCAAAUGGAGCACCACACUUUGUUCUCCAACAUCCGUCAUGUGAAGGCCACCAGUGAGAGGUUUCUCAUGGACUUGGAGACCCGCCUGGGCGAGAGCGUGUUCAUAUCCCAGCUCGGGGACAUUGUACUUGAUCACUGCCCCGCCUUCCGCACCCACUAUGUGCCCUACGUCACUAACAUGAUGUACCAGGAGGCUCUCAUCAACCAGCUGCUGCAGCAGAACCGAGGCUUCGUGGCGUCCCUCAAGCAGCUCGAAGGCGAGCCGCUGUGCCAGAGGCAGUGUCUCAAGUCCUUCCUCGUCCUUCCCUUCCAAAGGAUCACUCGCAUUAAGCUCAUUCUGGAGAAUAUCCUGAAACUGACUGAAGCAGAUUCAGAUGCUGUGUCAUAUCUUCACAAAGCAAAAGAGGCCAUUCAUGAGAUUGUGAGCGAGUGCAAUGAUGGCAUCAAAAAAAUGAAAGUCAUUGAGCAACUGGUCUCCUUGGAGUUGCUGCUGGAUUUUGGCAAACUGAAGGCGGUUCCUCUGGUCAUAAGUGGACGUUUUUUGGUACACGAGGGUCCUUUGAGGCUGCUGACCGUGGAGAGCGGCCCCAACCCCAAAACGUCGCUCACAAAUGUCCACCUUCACCUCUUCAAUGACUUGUUGAUCCUCUCCUCCAAAAAGGAGCAGCACUUCCUUGUGGAGGACCACGCAAAGUUCCCCGCAUAUGUGCACGUUGCGCCGCUAAAGACUGAAGUUCUGGGCCUUCCGCCGGAAUCCUUCCUGUUUCAUCUCUCUCGGAAUCACACCGGACAACCGACCGCCAUGAUACUAGUCGCACACAGCAGGUCAGACAAGGAGCAGUGGAUGAAGGUGCUGAAGUGUGCUGACUGAAACCUGGGCUUUUUCCAAAUUGUAUUAUGCUCCAAAGUAGUUUUGGGAAAAUUACUCACUUCUCCUUUUGUGCACUUUGGUGGUAAUCUAACACAGUAAACACGAGUUCAAAAUGCUAAUCACAACUGAAAUUAACUUGCAAAAGGAAAGCGCUCACCGUUUUAUACACAUUUAGAGCUGAUUUGGUUAAGUACUUGUAGGCUCUUUGUGGUGGCAGUGGCACAUUAUCCCCCAAUUGUUAAAUAAUUUGAUUCAUCUGUUUUUAAUGUAUUGAAUUGUUACUUCAGGUUGGGUAGUUGAAAAUUAAAAAAAAUCUACUUUCUCAUACAACAUUUGAGUUAAUUUUAAUUGUGUGAAAGAGGCUCUGGCAAAGACGCGGGAAGAAAUGGGAAGAUAAAAUGUACUUGGUAGCUGUAGCUUUUCAAGUGAUGGGUGAGCAGGCACUCCAGAAACUAAAUUUUUUUUUUAAAGCCAUUCAAAAGUUGUAUUCAUUUUACAUAUUUUAAUAUUAAAAGUGCAGACAACAAUUAUGGUGCAACUGUCUUGAAUACAGUUGUCUGCAAAAAGGUGUGAAAAUGUUACUCGGGAACUACUGUGGCAUUCUGCUCUAAUCUUCCUGCAAUACUUCAACAUUGGUUUUCUCGUCACGAUAUUUUGCUGAAGGGGGACAGGAAAAUAAGUUCACCUGUUCCAAAGUAGCUGUGCAUUUCCCCACCCCCCCCCCAAUGCCUUGAGGUCCACCUCAACUCGGACUUGCUGUCCACAGCUGUGUCUGUUGUCCUGCUGCGAGGCAGUCCUGAUGCCACAGGCACUCUGCCAGGCAGUUGAGGAGGGGCGCAGCGGCGUCUGGCCUGUCACCCACCUCCCCGCCGCCCGUGCGCAACACCGGUAACCGCCACGUCUCCUGGAAGUCCCUCACGUCCUUUUCGGAGACAUCGCAGUGCAUGAACAGGUCAAAUCGGUGCAAAAAAUGUCAAGGAUUAUUUUAUUUUUUUAAAAACCUUUUGUAAAAUAUUAAAAACAAAUAUUCGCAUGCUGGACAAAAAACAAUGGGACCGCGCUGAGUCAAUAUGCUGAUUUCUUCUUAGGUCAUCUAUAUUUUGGAGUAAGUGCUGUGAAAAAUCUAAAUUCAUCCAGAAUUAUGGUCUGAGGUGUUUUGCAAGAUUAGCUGACAAUACAAAUGCACUGUAGUGCACAUAAUAGUUUAAACCCUCAAUCUACAAUAGAUGUAAUCUAUUCACCCUGCUUCAAAUGCCAUGUUUUAAUAUUUUAAAAAAUGACAAACUUUUUCCAUCAACACCCGGUAUAACGCAAUUGAGAGGGGGAAAAAAAUAAAAUCUUUGCAAGAGGAAGUAAAAAUAAACAGAACAUUGUUGCACAAGUGUCCACACCCUAUUAUAUUGUGGCUGUGUUCUUAAGCACACUGCAUUCAAGCUUGUGAUAAAUGGGAGUGAGCGAUAGAAAAUGGAUGAUUGUACAUGUGAAAGGAUACUUGGUGCCAACCACCAAAGUCACAACUGGGGCCCCGGAUGACUCGUUCCACUUGGUUAUUUGAUUGGUGAGAUCAUCAAAAGAUGUUCUGUCGGUGAAGGAGAAGAGGAAGAGAACAGCAUCCACCUUCUCCUUACAAGACUGGAAGCAAACGAAAGACAGUUUUUAUUUAUUUAUUUUUUAAACACUGCAACGAUCGCACAUACUGGGAGCAGAUGGUCAAAUCGUCGCAAGGCAUUUUCGCCGCAGUCCCACAGCUGGAAACGAAAGAAGAGCACUCUGCCGCUUUCUUUCAGCUUGACUGGCCAGUAAACCACCGUCGUCUCGAUGCCUUGGACACAAACAUGACCUUUGUAAAGUAUUGGUAAUCUUUCCAAGCUGGACUCCU